AUGGCCACACGAAAGGAGAAGCUGCGAGCGUGUCUGCGCUGCCAGUUCGUCCAGUCGCCGCGCGAUUUCCAUCUCAAGGGAUGCCCCAACUGCGAACCGGUGCUCGAGAUGCAGGGCAGUCAGGACCGAGUGGCCGAAUGCACCACGUCCAACUUUGACGGCAUGAUCUCCAUGCUGCGACCCGACGAGAGCUGGGUGGCCAAGUGGCAGCGAAUCGAGAAACGGCUGCCGGGGCUGUACGCGGUCAAGGUGGUGGGACGGCUUCCCGAAGGACUCGAAUCGUAG